AUGUCAUCAGAAAGUGAAAUUCGUUCACCCAAACCUGGUCCUAAAAUUUCUCUUAAAAUGGCUUAUGCUGAAGUUCUAGAAAUAAAAGAAAUACAAAGAAAACAAAUAGAGGAACUGCAGGCAAGAAACAGAGAGUGCGAGCAAAAAAUUGCUUUUCUGGAAAAAAAAGUCAAUAAUUUUGAGAAUCAGUUAGUUGCUAACUCAAUCGAAAUUGUUAAUAUUCCCCCCGAAAGCGUCGAUUGCUCCACCAACUUAGAGCUAGCACUUAAAGUGUUCCGUAAUGGUUUGGCUGUGGAUGUUAAUGAGAGCGAUAUUGAUUACUGCUACAUGAAAAAAGUACAGAGACGUGAUCAAAACAAAGAGAACAUCAUACCACAAAGCUUCACCAAUAUUCUUAGUGUCAGACUAACAACUCGUCAUUGUAAAGAGAAAAUAAUGAAAGCAAGAAAUGGACGAAAAGAGCAGCUUACAACCGGUUUACUCAACACUGAGGUGAAUUCACAAAAGAUUUAUAUCAACGAGGGAUUAUCCUACCAAACCCGUCAGCUGUUAAAGUCUGCAAAGCAGUUGCAGAUUUCGAAGAAGUAUAAAUUUGCUUGGACAAAAAAUGGAAUUGUAUACAUGCGCAAGAUUGAGGGAGAAAACAUUAUACGCAUUCUUUCUGUUGCUGAUUUUGACAAAUUAUGA